AAGACUCCACAGGAUGCAGUGGGUGAAGGUGCUUGGAGGGGUGGUGGGGGCCGCUGCCCUCUUGGGGCUGGGGAUCAUCCUGGGCCACUUUGCCAUCCCCAAAGGAGCCAACCCACCAGCCUCCAGUGCCUCAGUCUCCCAGGACCUGGACCCAGAGAUCCUUGAGACCAUUAUGAAACAGCUGGAUGCCAGCAGGAUCCGGGAGAAUCUUAGAGAGCUGUCCAGGGAGCCGCACCUGGCCUCCAGUCCCCAGGACGAGGCGCUGGUGCAGCUGCUGCUGCGGCGCUGGCAGGACCCAGAGUCAGGCCUGGACUCUGCGGGGGCCUCCGCAUAUGAGGUGCUGCUGUCCUUCCCCAGUCGGGAGCAGCCUAACCGCGUGGCAGUUGUGGGUCCCACUGGGGACAUCGUCUACUCCUGUCGCCAGAGCGAAGAGAACCUGACUGGGGAGCAGGGGGGGCCCGAUGUGGUGCCACCCUAUGCUGCCUAUGCUCCCUCUGGAACCCCACAGGGCCUCCUUGUCUACGCCAACCGGGGCUCCGAAGAAGACUUCCAGGAGCUACAAGCUCGGGGCAUCCAACUCAAUGGCACCAUCGCCCUGACCCGCUACGGGGGUGUAGGACGCGGAGCCAAGGCUGUGAAUGCUGCCAAGCACCAGGUGGCUGGGGUGCUGGUGUACACAGACCCGGCAGACAUCAAUGACGGGCAGAGCUUGCCCAACGAGACCUUCCCACACUCCUGGCACCUGCCUCCCUCUGGGGUGGAACGAGGCUCCUACUAUGAGUAUUUUGGGGAUCCCUUGACUCCCUACCUUCCAGCCAACCCCUCCUCCUUUCGCCUGGACCCUGCCACUGUCUCCGGAUUUCCCCCAAUUCCCAUCCAGCCCAUUGGCUUUGAAGAUGCCAAAGUCCUUCUCUGUAACCUCCAAGGAACCUCGGCCCUGGCUGCCUGGCAGGGAGCACUAGGCUGUGACUACAAGUUGGGGCCCGGCUUCAAGCCUGAUGGUCCCUUUGCAGGCAGCCAGGUGAACAUGAGUGUUCACAACCGCCUGGAGCUGCGGAACUCCUCCAACGUCCUGGGGAUCAUCCGCGGGGCUGUGGAGCCUGACCGCUAUGUGCUGUAUGGAAACCACCGGGACAGCUGGGUGCACGGGGCCGUGGACCCCAGCAGUGGCACUGCUGUCCUCCUGGAGCUCUCCCGCGUCCUGGGGACCCUGCUGAAGAAGGGUACCUGGCGCCCCCGCAGAUCUAUCAUGUUUGCGAGCUGGGGGGCAGAGGAGUUUGGGCUCAUUGGCUCCACAGAAUUCACGGAGGAGUUCUUCAACAAGCUGCAGGAGCGCACGGUGGCCUACAUCAACGUGGACAUCUCGGUGUUUGCCAAUGCCACCCUGAGGGCGCAGGGGACGCCCCCCGUCCAAAGCGUCAUCUUCUCCGCAGCCAAACAGAUCCCCGCACCAGGCCCUGGUAGCCUCAGCAUCUAUGACAACUGGAUCCAGUAUUUCAACCGUAGCAGCCCAGUGUAUGGCCUGGUCCCCAGCUUGGGCUCUCUGGGUGCUGGCAGUGACUAUGCACCCUUUAUUCACUUCCUGGGCAUCUCCUCCAUGGAUAUCGCCUACACCUAUGACCGGAGCAAGACCUCUGCCCGGAUCUACCCCACCUACCAUACAGCUUUUGACACGUUUGGUUAUGUGGACAAGUUUGUGGACCCUGGUUUCAGCAGCCACCAGGCCGUGGCCCGGACAGCAGGGAACGUGCUUCUUCGGCUUAGUGACAGCCUUUUCCUACCUCUCAACGUCAGUGACUACAGUGAGACCCUCCGAAAGUUUCUGCAGGCUGCCCAGCAGGACCUCGGGGCCCUGCUGGAGCAGCACAGCAUCAGCCUGGGGCCCCUGGUGACUGCAGUGGAGAAGUUCGAGGGGGCAGCUGUAGCCUUGGGCCAACACAUAUCGGCACUGCAGAAGGGCACCUUCGACCCCCUGCAGGUACGGAUGCUCAAUGACCAGCUGAUGCUCUUGGAACGGGCCUUCCUGAACCCGAAAGCCUUCCCAGAGGAACGCUACUAUAGCCAUGUGCUCUGGGCACCCCGUACUGGCUCUGUAGCCACAUUCCCAGGCCUGGCCAAUGCCUGUUCCAGGGCCAUGAACACAGACCCAGGAUCUGCGGCCUGGGCUGAAGUGCAGAGGCAGCUUAGCAUUGUGGUGGUGGCCUUGGAGGGUGCAGCAGCCACCCUGAGGCCUGUGGCUGACCUCUGAGACCCCAGCCCUCCUUCCUCAGC